GAGCCUAGCUCUAAAGUAACUGUGGUGUCGAUGUCCCACACGUCUCUCCCUCCCACAAUGUCGAUUUCACAUUUGUGGGGAAACAACUCAACUUACUCUCGCGAUGAAAACCUGAUCAUACCAAUUUCAACACCAUCACCUUCUGGUUCAUAUUAUGCAAAUAUCGUAAGCGACGAGCAGUGGUACAUUGUCCAAGUGGUCAACGGGGUGGCCAUCUCUGGUCUCCUCAGUCUGUUCGGCGUGGCCUCCAACAUCAUCAACAUUGUCGUGUUUGCCAAGCAAGGCUUUCAGGACAGCAUGAACAUCAGCCUCAUGGGGCUUGCUGUUUCUGACCUGUGCUCCCUGCUGACCAUGAUAUGGAUAUGUAUCUGCGUGACCCCGCUCUUCUACCUCUCUGAGUUGCCCUUUGACCCAAGGGAUAUCAUGUACCUCACGGGGGUCACGCCCCAUUUCCUCUUUGUCAAAAUUGCCACUUUUAUCACUGCUUUCAUCACCUUCGAGCGAUGUCUGUGUAUCGCUGUCCCUCUGAAGGUGAAGACGAUCAUCACUCCGGGAAGGACAAAGAUAAUUAUUAUCUCCAUCUACAUUGCCAUGGCUGUUUUGAUGAUCCCCUUCUGCCUUGGAAACAGUAUUGAGUUGGUUUUCGAUUUCACAAGGAAUGUUACUAUCCUAAAAUCCACGUUCACGGCAGAAAGAGACAUGUUAGAAGCCAUUACAUUUCUCACCCAAGGUGUAUUUACAACGACGUUUUCCUUCGUCUUCGUCAUUUGCUGUACCAUCGUUCUUGUCGUCAAACUCAACAGUAAAACAAAAUGGCGAGAGGCCACUGCAGCCAAGUCUGAUCGAGCAGCGGAAGGAGUUGGGGUCAGAGAUAAAAAGGUUGUGAAAAUGGUGACCUUCAUCGCUGUCAUUUUCAUCGUCUGCGCCGUACCUCCCACGCUAUUGUUUUUCUACAUGGUGUUUGACCAAGAUUUCCGUAUUGAUGGUGUCUAUCGAAAUCUCUAUAGUGUCAUUUGGUCUUCAGCAUUUUUAACAGAAACUAUAAACUCCAGCGUGAAUAUAUUUGUGUAUCUGAAAAUGAGUUCGAAAUACCGAGCAGUAUUUCUGAAAACAUUUUGGAAAAAGGAGGAAAAAUAA